CCAGCUCUCUGACUGUCACACUCCUUCCACUUUGAUCUACUACUAGUACUACUACUACUUUGAUCUACUAAAUCAGAGGUGAAAAGCAAGGAGGCCCAAGCAGGAUGAUCUCAGAAGCUCAAGAUCAUGGACUGGUCAGUUUCUCACACAACCAGCUGGAUUAGUCUGCAUGGAAACCCCAAGUGCUAAAACAUCCAACAGCACUGAUUCUAGAUAGCUUUUGUCACCAUGGCAAUGUUACGUCAUGCUAAGUGUUUGCAGCGCCUAGCAAUUCCUGGUCCUCUAAGAGUCUUGUAUAAAGAUUACAGAACAGCAACCCCUCAGAACUUUUCCAACUAUGAAUCCAUGAAACAGGACUUCAAACUAGAGAUUCCAGAGCAUUUCAAUUUUGCAAAAGAUGUCCUGGACCAAUGGAGCAGUGUGGAAAAGGCUGGAGGGAGACUUUCCAACCCAGCCUUCUGGUGGAUAGAUGGAAAUGGAGGAGAAGUGAGAUGGGGUUUUGAAGAACUUGGAUCUUUAUCCAGGAAAUUCGCCAACAUACUCACAGAAGCCUGUUCCUUGCAAAGGGGAGACCGAGUAAUGGUGAUUCUGCCCAAGAUCCCAGAGUGGUGGCUAGCGAAUGUGGCCUGCCUGCGAACAGGGACAGUUUUAAUUCCGGGAACCACUCAGCUGACCCAGAAAGACAUCCUCUACAGACUACAGUCUUCAAAAGCCAAGUGCAUUAUUACUGAUGAUGCGUUAGCCCCAGCAGUAGAUUCUGUAGCAGCUAAAUGUGAAAAUCUCACCUCCAAACUCAUUGUGUCCCAGCACUCCAGAGAAGGGUGGGGGAACCUCAAGGAGAUGAUGAAACAUGCCAGUGACAGCCAUACCUGCGUGAACACAAAGCACAAUGAGAUGAUGGCCAUUUACUUCACCAGUGGGACAACUGGGUAUCCUAAGAUGAUCGGACACACCCACAGCAGUUUUGGUUUAGGAUUAUCUGUCAACGGAAGAUUCUGGCUGGAUUUGACAGACUCAGAUGUGAUGUGGAAUACUUCAGACACAGGUUGGGCAAAGUCUGCAUGGAGUAGUGUUUUUUCUCCAUGGAUCCAAGGAGCAUGUGUGUUUGCACACUAUUUGUCCCGUUUUGAGCCGACUUCCAUCUUGCAAACCCUCUCCAAGUUCCCCAUCACUGUCUUCUGUUCUGCGCCAACUGCCUACCGAAUGCUUGUACAGAAUGAUACAGUCAGAAGCUAUAAGUUCAAAAGCUUGAAGCACUGUGUGAGUGCUGGGGAACCAAUCAACCCUGAAGUGAUGGAACAAUGGAGAAAGAAGACAGGCCUAGACAUCUACGAAGGAUACGGACAGACAGAAACGGUGCUGAUCUGUGGAAAUUUCAAAGGGAUGAAAAUUAAGCCUGGCUCAAUGGGAAAGCCUUCUCCUGCUUUUGAUGUGAAGAUUUUAGAUGAAAAUGGUGCUAUUCUUCCUCCUGGACAAGAAGGGGACAUUGGUGUUCAAGUUCUUCCUGAGCGACCAUUUGGCCUUUUUAGUCAUUAUGUAGAUAAUCCUUCAAAAACAGCCUCAACUCUACGAGGCAAUUUUUACAUCACUGGGGACAGGGGCUAUAUGGAUGAAGAUGGCUAUUUCUGGUUUGUUGCGAGAUCAGACGAUGUUAUAUUAUCCUCUGGCUACCGAAUUGGACCAUUUGAAGUAGAAAGUGCCCUGAUAGAGCAUCCUUCUAUCGCAGAGUCAGCUGUUGUCAGCAGCCCAGACCCUGUCAGAGGAGAGGUAGUAAAGGCUUUUAUUGUUCUGAAUCCUGAUUACAAGUCACAUGAUCAAGAACAACUGAAAAAGGAGAUUCAGGAACACGUGAAAAAGACUACAGCACCUUACAAAUACCCCAGGAAGGUGGGCAUCCUUGUUUCAACUGCACUAUUCAGUGCUUUGGAAAAGGUAGAAUUCAUUGAAGAACUGCCAAAGACUGUCAGUGGGAAGGUCAAAAGAAAUGAACUGAGGAAAAAAGAAUGGAAAACUAUUUAAACUCAUCCAUUAAUUAUUCAGAUAUCUAUAAACAACCUCGGUGUCUACAGUCUGCAGGAACCACAGGUUAUAUGGGCAAAUUGCUUCUAAAUUGAAUUUAAAGUACUUUUUGGUAAUGACAUCAGAGGCUGAAUUCUGAAAUCAAAUAGUCAAAGAAUCCUUCUGUGUUCACCUCAAUGUUUCUGCAAUUUGGCUGCAUAAGCAAAGGUCUUCAGGUGCUGAGAUAUUUUAACUUAGGGACAGUUUCUAAAUCAAAUUUCUACCCCACUGGUUUUCUACCCCAAAUAAUUCUAAUGUGUUAAUAUACAAAUCGAAACAAAUAUUAAAGCUCUUUAAAAAACUAA